AAAAGUAAUUUGAACAAAGCCGAAAGCCUCGCGAAACAUAUUCAUUAUUGUAAUCCGAACGCUCAUCUUCUUCUUUCCCCAUCCUCCUUUUCCUAAUUCACUUAUAUCUUACAUGAACCCUUGCAGCUCGGGGUAUUCAUACCCCAGCAUGCGAUAUAUAGGAUAUACAUAGUAGACGAGUACUGACUAAUCCUACUACCUGCUAGGUAGGAUUUAGCUAAAGCCCGCCUGUCAUCAUGAAGUUUGCUGCCAUGAAGUUCUUCAGGCGCAGCAAGAAGACAUCCCAGUCCAAGUUUCCCAAGAAGUCUACCCAGGAUGAUUCGGAGCGAGACAAGUACCGUCUCUAUAAUCCGCACCAGAGCGAUCACCAUCAGUACGCGACCGACAGGAGCAGCAUAUUCGCGCCCUGGCUAGAGCUUCCGCCUCUCAUACUAGAAAGGGUGUUCUCCUUUAUAUGUCCCCACUGCUGCGAUGAAUCCUACGAGACAUGCGAGCAGAGCGCUCUGGAGGAUGCUUGCAUGCUCUGCGAUCUACGUGACCUCUCCCAUGCCGGUCAGGUCUGUAAGGUCUGGAGGAAGAUGGCCGUCAAGUUGAUGUACCAUAGUAUCCGCAUUGAUUCUGUGCACUACUGCGAGCGCGAGAUAGAUCUCUCCGAGAUGCGAAAACGAAGGAGUCGCUUCGAUCGCAAUGGCCUUCCUGAAGACACGGCCAGUGCUCGCCUACAGCUCCUAUGCCGGUCAUUGCGCGAAGAUCCUACGCGUCUCGGUACCCUCGUUCAAUACUUCAAGACUCCCUACAUGCUACGAGAAUCUAAUACCUCAGCCCUCGCGAGGACCAUUGCCGUCUUGCCUAACCUCCGCUACGUCGACUUGCCUGAGGGCUUGUUUAGCGACGAUCCGGCCUAUCAUACACUCAAACUCGAGGUACAAGCCCGCUGUCCCAACCUAAAGAAGAUGACAUACGUCGGCGGCAGCGAGCGCAGCUUGGAGGCCAUAGGCAGGGGUAAUAUAUGGCCUAACCUCGAAGUAUUGGAGCUAACGAGAAUCCACAUGGAUCCGACCGCGUUACGACACGUGUUAGCGAUGCUUCCACGCCUACGAGCUCUGAAAUUAUCGGACUGCAGAAUCAUGGACGAUGACGUGUUCAAGUACAACGACAUGCUGCCAGCGUUCCCAGCUCUAGAAGAAGUAAUACUAAUAAAUACCCCGAGAGUUACCUCGGACGGUCUGGUGGCAUAUUUGUCUAGAGAAGAGACGCAAGGACAACUCAAAGUCCUGUCUCUAUCCAACACCGGCGUCCUGCCCUCCACUCUAUACGAUGUGUUGGCGCAUGCGCCAAAACUUACCACUCUGUCCAUCAGCGAGCAGGUAGACACGGCGUUUCCUUCCCACUCCGUACAUAUACCACCCUUGACAAAUUGGUCUCUUCAGACUCUACGGUUCGAGAUUACGGCCUCGCCCGCUACCUCUCCUUAUGCGAGCAUCACGGGGGGGUAUUAUAACUACUUGGCUUCUUCUCUCUUUGCCGGCGGUCUACCGUGUCUAUCCGCCGUGUAUGUUCGCGAUCAGAACUUCCCGGACAUGCUCCUCGGACUCCCACCACCUAUGCCUGGCUUUGCGGGAGGCCAGCAACGACCUAGCAGCUCCAGUAGUGUUGGCAUGUUUAAUCUAGGAGGCAGCAAUCUACCACCCUCCGGUGCCAGUGGCUUCGCCAAUGCCCACCCUCGUUUCAGCUCUAAUAACCCUUUCGCUGCGGCAUUCAACCCGUCGGGCGGGCUAGGCGGGUUGUCCCUCAAUCAGACGCUCGAGGUUUUUACGAAGGGGGAGGAUGACCUUGACUGGGGUAUCAUUAGGAUGGACCCCUUCGACGCCUACGGCGGCGCGGGCAACGGGAGGGGAAGCAGAGGUCACCGCGGCAGUGUGUCCGGUGGCCGCCCUCUGAGCAGCUACGGCCUCGCGGACAUUGGUUCCGGGUGGCAGGCAGGUAGCGGAGGAGCUAGAAAGAGUGUCAUAAUGCAAGGGGCCAGUGGUGGUGGCUUUUUAGCUGUCCCGGGCGGGAACGACACGAGCGGACAUGGCCGUAGCAGAAGUACCGUUAGCAAGAGCGAUGCCAAGGAGGAUCUAUGGCCCCGGCCUAACAGUAGCUACGGAGCUAAGAAGGGAGAUCGAGAUUUAUGGCGUUGAAGAGUCAAGGUGGCCCAUACUGUACGCACACCGGACCUAUAUUUUAUAUGGCGAGAUGGUGGUGGUGAAUGACGACGACGAUGAUAAUGAAGAUACACAAGACUUUUAGAGGAGAGGAAGUGUGUAUGUUUCCAAGUAAGUUAGUCACGGGGACAUAACGAUGCCUACCUAUAGAUAGCUGUCGUAGUUCGGAAGGGGGUGUUGUUUAUUUACUGGGGUUAGUAAUACGAAUU